AUGCUUAAGCUUAAUCUAUCAUCUCCUCAUAUGAGCCUAACCAUAUCAAAAAACCAAAUUGAUAAACAUGUGGAGAACUCAUCAAAAUCACAAUCUUCCAUUGGAGUUUUUUCAAUUAUACACAAAUCCCUCAAAAUCAGCAUUAGGAAUGGGACCAUCGUGGUCUCCAUCUUCCUCUCAGUGUUUCUUUCAUACUGUCUGUUGGCAUAUGGUGUUAAUCUAGAAUUGUCGCCCUUGUUGAAAGAUUUAACUUGGAGGUUGUCGCUUAUUGGAAAAUAUCACGAAGGCAAUGAAUUCAAUGAAUUCUUGCAAAGUGGAAUCUUAAACGAUGUCCGACGUUUUGUAGUCCUGCUGUUGGUAAAAUGGCUAUUUUCUUAUGUAAUCAUGCUAUUUUUCUUAAUGACUACUAUUUCAUUGUCAUCUGAUGCCUACACAGGGAAAAUAGUGAGCGCAAAAGAUGUGUUUUCAAGGAUUAAAGGAAGGUGGAAAAGUCCGGUGACUACUAGCAUUUACAUGGCUCUAAUCUCUUUCUCCCUUAUUGCUCUCUUCUGGAUCACUAUUGCGCUAGUCAUUUUUAUAGUUGGUGGUCCUCUUUUAGUAGGUCUAUUAACUAUAGCAAUCAUUUUAGGAGUAUUUGGUUAUCUUUAUGUGCGGGCUAUUUGGAUGUUGAGCCUAGUGGUUUCGAUAGUAGAAGAUGAUUCAUGUGGUCUAAAGGCGAUUGACAGAGCCAGUGAGCUCAUGAAAGGCAAGAAGAUUAAGGGUUGUGUUAUGGUUCUCCUAACUAGUUGUGUUGUCUUUGGAAUAACCUUCGUCAUUAUGAGGAAUUGUAAUCUCGCAACUCAGGCAUCGCUCGCUAUCCUUAUUUCCCGUGCCUUCAUAACUUGCUUGCUGAACUAUUUCAUGUUUGUGACGUUCACUGUGUUUUACCAUGAAUGCAAAAACAUCGAUGAUGAGGCUGCAGCUGAAGGUGAUCUAGGUUCGUAUGCUCUUGUUGCUUCCACUGAACCCUGA